CGAAAGUUAGUUAGUGUCGUUCAAGUCAUGGUGGGGAAGGUAGUGUCUCUCCUCGCUCUCACGGCAAUCGCCCUUAGCGGCGUUGCCAACAGUCACGAGCAAGAGGUGGUGUGUUACUUGGCAUCAUGGGCUGUGUACCGGCCGGGCAUGGGGACAUUUAACAUCGAAGACGUCGACCCUUCCCUCUGCACGACCCUCAUCUACUCCUUCGCGGGUUUGAAUGAGACCACGUACACCAUGACGCUGCUGGACCCGGAGUACGACAUCAACAAGAGGGCCCUCCAGCGCUUCGUGAACCUCAAGAGCUUGAACCCCCGCGUGAAGGUUCUGAUAGCGAUCGGGGGUUGGACUGAAGGUUCAACCAAGUACUCUGCAAUGGCAAUGACCAGGGCCUCGAGAAAGAAGUUCAUUGAUUCUGCAAUUGCUUUCAUCCAACACCACCGCCUCGACGGGCUGGACCUCGACUGGGAGUACCCUGCCAAUCGAGGAGGAGCCCCUGAGGACAGGGAGAACUUCGUCUAUCUGGUUAAGGAGCUCCGCGAAGCCUUCCGCCCCUACGGCUGGAUGCUGACCGCCGCCGUGGCCGCAGGAAAAUCGACCAUCGACACGGCCUACGACAUCGACGACCUGGCCAGAAACCUGGACUUCCUGCACAUCAUGGCCUACGACUACCACGGCAAAUGGGACGGUCGUACGGGCCACAACGCGCCCUUGUACUCGAGGGAGGACGAGCCGGAGGAGGAGAAGAUGCUGAAUGUGGCCUCCACCCUCAAGGUCUACCUCGACGAAGGAGCACCUCCCGAGAAGCUGGUCCUCGGCGUGGGAUUCUACGGCAGGACCUUCAACCUUCAGGAUCCCCAGGACAACGGCAUAGCGGCGCCCACCCUCACCACCGCCCUCGCCGGCCCCUACACCAAGGAAGAGGGAUUUAUGGGAUAUAACGAGAUCUGCGAGAAACAGACCACGGAGAAGGGCCUCUGGACGCUCGUGUGGCAGAAAACCCACCAGGUGCCAUAUAUGAUCCGCGACAACAUGUGGAUUGGCUUCGACGACCCGAUUUCCAUCAGCCUCAAGGUCGCCUACGCCCAGAAGCUCGGUUUGGGCGGCGUCAUGGCCUGGGCGAUCGACACGGAUGACUUCAAGGGCGUCUGUUCGGAUAACAGGAUGAAGUACCCCCUCCUCCGAGCCAUCAACAAGGCCCUCACAGCGAACAUGGAGAACAGGCCUAGCAAGACAUCUAGGCCUAUCAAACCCAGUCUGGAUGACGAUGACUUUGAUGACAAGUUUGAUGACACCAACACCUUGGACAGCCGGGAACAUGACUCUGGAAGACCAUCCCGUGUCGGAGGCCGCGGAGGUUCUUCUGUUGCAACACCUGCAGCUACUGUUGUGUUGGCACUCCUGCUCACUUCUUUGGCUGCUCGCUAAAGAGGUCUGCGGUUGGCACUCCUGCUUCUAUAACGUCCCUUUCGCAACGUCCCAAAGGCCUUCCGAAAAUUCACUUUCUCAGAGUUUUUCGAGAUUUUUUUCCUUUUCCUUUUUUUCCAGCUAUUUCGGUCCUUAGAGAAUUAUUGAGAUUCUUUUCUCUUUCCGUUGAUGGACAGGCACGUUCGGUUUCAAAUUCCUUAUGUGUUCUUCAUUUUCUCUUUCUUUUUUUUAAACUUGAGAAAAAAAAAUUAGAUAAUAGCAUUUAGUAAAUUCUUCCAUUUUAUGCCAUGCUUUUCAAAUCUCACUGGAGUUGCCAGCUACACUUUGUAUAUUCUUAUUUGGUGCACUAAACCUUAAGGUAUGAAUGCAUUCUAUAAUAUUACAACUUUUUUUCAACUAUAAUAGAACUAUUAGUUUAACUGUGAUUUUAGAGUUUAUGACGUACUGUAAUUAGAUUAAAUAUCCAGUCAUAUCUGUACGGUGAUUGGCCGAUAUCUUAACGGCAAAAAUUACGGAGGAACCAAUCAGAGAGGAGAGAGAGUCAGCUGAUGUUUCCUAUUGGCUGAUUUUAAUGUUAGGGGGCGGAGCCAAGAAAACUAAACUAAAAAAAAAAAAAAAAAAUAUCCUGUAUAGUUUUUCUUGGGCGAAAAUGACAGAUUUUUUUUUUUAAGCAAAAUACAUGGCAAAUUUAUAUUUUUGGUUGUCGGUGGAAGCAAAAUCGAUUCAAAUUUGAUUGGAUUUUCUUAUGAUAAGAGGUUAGAUUUUUUCACUGGACUGUAAAUAUAAAUAAAAUUAUAAUAUUACUCA